CUUGUUUCUGCUUUCAGUGAUGGCGGCUGCGUAUCUGAGAGACGAGCUGACCUGCUCUAUCUGCCUAAACAUUUAUACAUACUCUGUAACCCUGCCAUGUGGACAUAGCUACUGCCGGGUUUGUAUCGAGACUGUGAUGGACACACAGGGGGUGAGAGGAUAUUCCUGUCCUGAAUGCAGACUGACUUUUGGGGAAAAAAGUGAGCUUAAAAGAAACCAUAGACUGUGUAACAUAGUGGAGAGUUUCCUAUCUGCUCACCCAGGACAGGAGAAGGUUGGGAUCCCCUGUACUUACUGUUUUCAAUCUCCUGUACCUGCUUCUAAAACAUGUCUGCACUGUGAAGCUUCUUUAUGUGAAACCCACCUGAAGGUCCACAGCAAGUCAGCAGAACAUGUCCUAACUGAACCAACCACUUCAAUAGGGAACAGAAAAUGCUCUGUCCACAAGGAAAUCCUUAAAUAUUACUGCUCUGAGGAUGCUGUCUGCAUCUGUGUGUCCUGCAGACUGGAUGGGGAGCACAAGGGACACCAGGUAGAGACUCUGACUGAGACCUCUGAGAAGAAGAAGGAGAAACUGCGAAAUAUUUUGCAGAAACUGACUUCAGAGAGAGAGGAGGCUGAGAGAAGAGUCCAGAAUCUACUGGAGCUUAGGAGAGAAGAGCAAGAAAAAGCAGCUGGGGUAACAGAUGAAGUCACUGCUCUGAUUAGGGGCAUCAGGGAAGAGCUGGAAGCACUAGAGAAGCGAGUCCUGAGUAAGAUCUCCAGGCAGCAAGAGCAGGUCUUACUCCGAGUCUCAGAUCUAAUCCGUCAGUUGGAAAUAAAGAAGGAGGAGCUGUCCAGGAAGAUGGGUCACAUUGAGGAGCUGUGUAACAUGAUGGACCCAUUAGCUGUCUUACAAGAACGGGAAUCAGAUAGCGCUGACUAUUGUGAUGCUGAGGAUGGAGAUAAUGAGGACAGAGAGAAACACAAAACAAAGGUCCAUGCUGUAGGGCAUCUGGAUGUGGGUCUGAUCUCAAUAACCUUACAGUCAGGCUUAGCUCGGAUUGUGGCCAGAAUAAAAAGACAAAGUCAUGUACCGGCUAAUAUAUUACUGGGGAUAGAAUUAGUUUCAGACAUGUUACUGGAUGUAAACACAGCUGCUAAUGAUGUAACUGUAUCAAGUGACAUGAAAACUGUGUCUGUGUCAGAAAUAAACCAGAGUCGCCCAGAAACACCAGAGAGAUUUCAGCAUUAUUCUCAGGUUUUAAGCUCCAGCAGUUUCUCGUCAGGGCGACAUUACUGGGAAGUGGAGUGCAGUGAAUCAGGGGGAUGGAUGGUAGGGAUGGCCUAUCCCAGUAUAGACAGGAAAGGAGAUCAGUCAGAGAUUGGAUAUAAUAACAAGUCCUGGGGUUUGGAGAGUUGGUGGAAUAAUAAUGAGUAUUAUGUGAUAUAUGACAGAGAAGCAGUACCAUUACUUCACCUCCCUUCCAGUCAGAGAUUACGGAUAUAUCUGGACUAUGAGGCUGGGCGGCUGUCCUUUUAUGAGCUAUGUGACCCGAUCAGACACUUACACACCUUCACUGCCACCUUUACUGAGCCUCUCCAUGCUAUUUUUGGGGUAUAUCAUGGUAAUAACUGGCUGAGAAUUUAAUGUAUUGAAUGAUUUAUUGAUUUAAUUAAAGAUAUUUAACUGAAAAUUCCAAAGUGGGAAUCUGGAGCCAGUAAAACUGAUCUGGGUGUGGGCAAAACAUCACAUUAGGGUAAGCUUCAUCUACUUAGCUAUUUUGUUUUUCUUAAUUCAUUAAUAGUAACAGCUUGACCAUGUAUCCUGAAUUUUGCAUUUUGUUUUUAUGUCGCAAUAAUUCAUGGUUUACUGAUUUAAAGUGUGUGAGUGUUUUGUGUGUGUUGUUUGAGUGUGGUGAGAGUUAUAGUUCAUUGCAUCUAAAAGGUCAACUACAGACAGACUAUGUGUGUGAAUGUGGGACUUAUAAUGCGUGUGUCACAUUGUCAGUGUGUGUGUCAUUACGUGUUACUUGUGUACUGGGUGAUUAUUGUUGUAUAUUAAUUGAGUUGUAAUGAGCAAUGUAAUUCUCCAGCCAUUCUCCAGGUUUAGACUGAGCUCUCUGUAUGAUAUUGAAAUGUAGACACAGUAUAUUUUGCUUGAUUGGCUUUACUAAAAUGGUGUUUGUAAUAUUAGGAACGGUUAUAAUGAACAGAUAAUGAAAAUAUACCCAAUAAUCCAUGUACAUAUAGAAAAUGAUCUAAAAAAUGAGACGGGAGUUUGAAGCUUGCAGGACCGGACUGGGAAUUAAAAGCAGCCCUGGAAAAACAAUAUUUACCAGACCCAUAAUGCGUCGCGCCAGCAUAGUGUGCAGAUACAGAGUUAGAACAGAUAACUUAAAAUUAAAAAGUACUACAACGUAAAAAGCGCACUCAUAGGCUUCAAAAUAAACAAAAGUGCAGAUUUAUUUUAAGCAGACGUGCCUUUGCAUGUAAUCAAUGUUUCAG